UUUUUAAUGUAAAAUAAAUGUUAAUUUUUAUAAUGAUUUGUAAAUUGUAGGAAAAUGUUAAAUUCUAAGGGAUCCGAGGAAUCUAAUUUGGAUCGUCUAAUUAAAGCUAUUGAUACAGAUAAAUAUAAUAAAAGGAAACGAGAAAAUGACUUAGAAGAUGAAGAAAUUGCUGAUAAUUUUGACCUUCUGGAGGAUACAGAUGAGGAAAGUGAUGUUGAGCUGGAAUUCAAGGGGAAAUUAAUCGAAAAAGACGUUUUCAACACGUUUAACGAGGAUUAUGAAACAUUUUUAAGCUCAAAUUCUAAGGAUUUGGUGCCUGUAAUGAUAUUUGAUCAUCCGCUUUUUUCCUCAUAUAAAGUUAAAAAUGUGACGCCUUUAAUGAAAUCUUUAUUAACUAUAGAAAAGGUGCCAGAUCCCCUAACUUGCCAUUCGGAAUACUUUAUUAACGCCGUAAUAUCCAAGCGACUGAAUACCCUGGCCAAGGGUAAAAAACUGGAAACUCCUCCCGAUAGUGUAAAAUAUUUAUUUUCAUGUUUAAAUUCAUAUGUUGAUGUUUUUUAUCUUAAUAACAGGAUUAGAGAUUUGGAUUCUGUGAGAUUUGUUUACGCUUUACACAUCGCAAAUCACCUCGUAAAAAGCUCAGUAAAGAAAAAAGAAUCUAAAGAAGAAAGAACUGAAGGCUUUACAAGGCCUAAAAUUCUUGUCAUCUGUGGCCUCAGAUGUAUCGCCAAAGACGUAGUAACCAAUUUACUCAAGCUCAUUCCAGCCUCAAAAUCUAAUGUGAAUUUGGAUCGGUUUCAGUCGGAUUUCUCACUGAGUGAAGAGGAUUUGAGGGACCAGGAGGAAAGCUAUGCCAAGACUAAAAAGGCUAAAGAUUUUAUUAAAACGUUUACUGGGAACCAGGAUGACGCUUUUAAAAUAGGAAUACGCUAUGAAUCUGGACUACUACACCUCUACUCACCCUUUUACUCCAGUGAUAUUAUCAUCGCAUCUCCUCUAGGCCUAAGACCUCUCAUAUCCGGAAACGAGUUGGAUUAUGAUUUCUUGUCUUCGAUUGAGGUUUUGGUUGUGGACAGAUUGGACAUAAUCAAAUUUCAAAACUGGCGUCUCUUCACAGAUCUCUUCAAAAUGGUGAAUAAGCCUUUGAUGAAGUGGCGUGACGGUGAUAUAAAUAAGAUAAGGAUGAGUGUGAUUGACGGUCAGAUAGAAGAGUACAGGCAGAAUAUACUAAUUUCAAGCUCCAGGAGUGUGAUUUUUAACUCUUUUUUCAAGAAUCUCAGGAAUAAACGGGGAAAUAUUAGACUAUGUACUAAUAGGAAAACUGACUACAUACGACUCGGAACAAAGCUUAAAAUACAACAAAUGUUCAUCAAAGUUCCCUCCUCAAACAUUAAAGAUUCUCAUACUGAGACUGUGAAGUAUUUUAUGGAGAAUAUGUUGGCGAAUUUGGAAGAUAUUAACGGAGUCCUAGUGAUCCUAUCAGAUUACACACAAUAUUUCAGUUUAUCUAAGAGAUUAAAGGCGUCGAAUGUGCAAUAUUUGACAUGUCUGGAAUCUGACACACCAAAACAAAUGAAAUUCGCAAGACAACAAUUCCAAUCAAAGGAUAUCCCGAUGAUGAUAACGACGUUGCGAUUGUUAUUUUUUAAGCGUUAUUUGUUCAAGGGAACGUCGAAAAUAUUCCUGUUGGAGCCGCCAGAGUAUCCACAACUCUACAAAGAUCUCAUGAGAAUGGUGGAUCCGAGUAGAAGUAAUACCAUCGUGUGUUAUUACACGAGCUAUCACGCCAUGGUACUGGAACCAAUUGUAGGAACUCGUAGAAUCGCCAAACUCAUCAACGCUCCAGACACCAAAAUCACACAGUUCAACUAAAUAAAUUGAUUCAACUAAGAAUUAAUUUUAUGAGUUGUUAAAAUUCCAAGGCGUGGAGAUAAAUUUAUGAAUGGUGCUGAGAUGUACAAGGAGCAAGAAUUUGAGAUCUUUUAGAAAAAUAAAUUUGA